UUUUUGUACAAUUCUCCGAAAGUUUCAAGAUAUUUUAUAUACUUUGAAAUAUUUCACACAAAUUGGCAAUCUACGAUAUUUAAUUUCUCCGUCUUCAUUAGCAAACUCAUCAAUUAUUGGAAAUUGUUUAUUUCCUUUUAAUCAAUCUCAGAUGAGAUUAUGUUCUAUUUGAUAUUUGAAUUAUGAAUGAAUUUUUGUAUGACUGAAAGAAGAAAAAUUAGAUUAUGUCAAAUGCAAACACUGUACACGAAAAUUAUAUUCUGUGCUUUAGUUAUUUAAUUGCGCUAUUUGAUAUUUUAUUAAUAUAUGAACACAUUAGAUAACACGAAAUUAAUUCCGCGAAACUUUGAUGAUAAUAGGCAAUAUUAAAAUCAAAUUUAAAUCAAAUUGAAUUAUAUAUUUUCCUAACGAUUUAAGAAAAAUCCUCUGAGGAUUUCCUUGAGCUAGUGGAAGGGAGUUUUGAUUCCCGGAUCAGUUUCCUCGAGUUUGCGCAUUUGGCAUCGAUUCGCAAGCGCGGAACUCUGCAGAACAUGAAAGUUCGCAGUCCAAGGAUCAGUAUAGAUUCACCUUUCUCGCAGGCUUUUCGCGAUACUGAUCUUUCGAAUAAUUAUACAAAGAGCUUUUAAUAUUCAUUAUAUAUAACUAAGAAAACUACAAUAUCUCAACAACUUGAAAAUAAUUUACCUGAAAAGCGUGAGCGACUACUAUUAAUUUUACUCCGGCAUUAAGAUCCAGAUUGAUUUAAUUCAAAAUCCAAAUUGAAGAAACGAAUCGCUCGGCCAAUUCACUCGGGUACUUUGAGGAAGAUUUAAUCACAUCAACGAUGAUAUUUUUCCUAUUGCUAGUCGCUCUCGUGGGUGUCCAUUCGAGCUGGUCUCGGUAUGAUUCUUCGAUUGUUGAAAAUGUACCUGCAAGCGCGAUCCACUCGGUUCCUCUCGGUUCGGAGGCGACUUUUUAUUGGAAGGUGGAUUUAAUAAAUCAGCUGGUGGUCGUAGAGAUUCAUUACGUCGGCAAUGACAGCAGCUGGUUCGCGAUCGGAUUUUCCGACUACGGAGAACUGAAACCGGCCGAUUACUGUGUCUUAUGGCCCGACUGGCAUAAACAGAUUCAUCUUCAAGAUUCGUGGGUGGAUUUCGAUGGGAAAUUACAACUGGACAACCAGCAGGACUGCAAAAACUUUGCGUGGAAAAGGCGCGGCAACGUCACAAAGUUCACCUUCAUCCGCAAAUUCGAUACCUGCGACGAUCACGAUUAUAUUAUUGAGAGAGGUACCACGCAUCUCGUGUGGCUUCGCGGCCGUGGACCCUUGUCCUCUUUAACCGGGUUGGAGAUUUCGGACGCAAAAGCCUCAGGCAUGUCCCGUACGGAAUUGCGCAGGGUGUCCCAUAAGAAGCCGAAGUUUCCCGCGAAUGCUUGGCAGCUCGAUGUACUUGCCCAUCGGGUCCAAGUGCCGAAGCAGGAGACCACCUAUUGGUGUCACGUACAUAAAUUACCGUCAGUGUUGAAACAAAAGCAUCACAUCUUACAAUUCGGCCCCGCCAUCCAAUCGGGUAACGAACACAUCGUACAUCACAUGGAAGUCUUUCAUUGCGCUGGACCUGUGGAUGUAGAAGUGCCUAUAUAUGAUGGGCCUUGUGACGGACUCGAUAGACCAGCUAAGACUCAGAUCUGUAAAAAGGUGAUGGCGGCGUGGGCGAUGGGUGCCGAUGCAUUCGUAUACCCGGAGGAAACUGGUCUGUCUAUCGGCGGGGCCGAUUUUAAUCCGUAUAUUAUGCUGGAGGUGCAUUACAAUAAUCCGGAGCUACAUCAGGGUGUCAUCGAUUCCUCUGGAAUUCGAUUUGUUCUCACCAAGUCUUUGAGAAAAUACGAUGCUGGUGUGAUCGAACUUGGACUCGAAUACACCGACAAAAUGGCCAUACCAGCGGGACAGGAAGCCUUUAUGCUCUCCGGUCAUUGUAUUGCAGAAUGCACCGGAGUCGGAUUACCUCAAAGUGGUAUAAAUAUUUUUGCCUCUCAGCUGCAUACACAUUUAACGGGCACGAAAGUCAGCACCCGUCAUAUAAGAGAUGGUGAAGAGCUACCACCGUUGAACUAUGACAAUCAUUAUUCCACUCAUUUUCAAGAGAUCAGAUUGCUACCGAAACCAGUGACCAUUUUGCCUGGGGAUUCUUUGAUAACUACAUGUACGUACAACACUAUGAAGAGAGAUAAUGUGACUCUUGGUGGUUUCGCUAUUUCAGACGAGAUGUGCGUUAAUUACAUUCAUUAUUAUCCUAACGCGCUAUUGGAGGUAUGCAAAAGCGCUAUAAGCGACGACGCUCUACAUACUUAUUUCCGUUAUAUGCGAGAGUGGGAAAAUCAAAACACUAACACGAACAAGGGUAUUUCGGCGAAUUACAAAAGCAUCGAGUGGACUAAGGUCCGUGUGGAAGCUCUUCAUGAUCUCUAUGAAGCUGCACCUUUAGGGAUGCAGUGUAAUAGCUCAGAUGGCUCUCGAUUGCCUGGCUCAUGGGACAACAUCGCGGCAACACCAGUUAGAUUACCUUUGCCACCACCAGCCAGAGAUUGUCUGGAACUUUCGCUUCAGCAAGAAAUUUUGGAUCAAAUGUGAAUGUUUUAUUUCAAAAUUUUAUUGAUUUGAUUAUUCAAUGAAUAUUUCGAAGAACUUUCAAAUAAGUAAUUAAAAUUUUAGACUUUCAUCCGAAGCAUAUCAAAUCUAAUGCUACUUGCUAGAAAAUUUUCGUGAAACCUCUCUUAAACAUUUAUUUUAGCUUGGUAAUAUAUUCUUAUGACAAUAUUCAAUUAUAAAAAUAAUAAUAUUGCAAUAAUUCAACAAUAAUUCUAAUUUGUAAUGGAACUUUAAGUUUUUACAAUAAUAUAAUAUAACAAAGUGAUAAAUAUAAGGCCAACU